AUGGCAUACCGAUAUUCAACGGCUGUCGUUACGAAACCUUCGAAGAAAGUAUUUGGCACUGACUUCGAACAAGCCCAAAGAGAACAUGAUCUCUUUGUGGAUGCGCUCCGUCAGUUGGAUGUUAACAUCCUGGAGUACGAUGUGGACGAGCGUCGACCGCAUGCACACAAAGUUGCCGAUGUUGCCGUCAUAAUUAAUGGCACUGCGCUUAUGUGCAAGCCCUACGGUGGUGAUAGACAAGGCGAGGUAAACCUUAUCAGACAAACACUUAAGAAGGAAAUGGGACUCACUAUUGUCGAGCUCAAUACCGAGCAUGCACAGUUGGAGGGCAGUGAUGUCCUUUUUACAGGUCAAGAAAUAAUUGUUGGGAUAUCAGUUUACACCAACGAAGCUGGCGCUCAGUCAGUGGCCCGUGCUUUUCCUGAAUACCCCACAACUAUCGUGACUGUUGAACCGCCUCUCAAUUCCUUGCGUGACGCUGUCAAUAUGGCGGGUGUCAAUGCAAUCAGCGAGGUGGCUUCUAAUUCCUACAAAGUACUGCAUUUGGCAGAGCCAAACGCUGCAAAUUUACUCUACGUCAACGGUUGCCUUAUUCACUACGAUAGUGACAUGAUCCCCAACAGCACUCAGAUUUUUGAGAACAAGAUCGAUUACACACGGUAUCCUCUAUCGCUGCCGACGCUGUUCAAGUAUGGCGUGCCGCUGUAUAAGCUGGCGCUCCUAUCGGACCGCGUGCGACGACAAUUGCACAUUGUUUCCACCAUGCCGUGA